CACGUACGUUCGUGUUGCAACUUGCACCCAACCGUCUGGUGGCCUUUCGCACCUUCUACACAACGUUUUGUGGCAUUCAGCUUUAAAGCCACUCUGAACUGAGUAGCAGCGGUCUACUUCCGUUAAAACACCUGUGUUAUUAUGAAUACACGCAUGCAUGGACAAAGAUCGACGGAGGCUCCAAUGGACUUCCAGUUUACGUCUCGACCAAGCAGUAAUACAAAGCCAGCAUGGGCUGCUAGUAAUGACUUGAAUGCGCCCCGAAAACGUCCAUUCGAUGACCUUCAACCCACGAGCCCGGCAUUUCCUCAUCCACCACAAACACCUAUAUUUGGAGAAAAUCGCAACGUGCCUUUCAUAUUCCAAGCUCCAGUACCGCAGACUCCUGCAGUCCACCCAUGGGCGCCUCCUGUAAAUUUCACACCUCAGAAAGCAUUUCCUGCACAGGAGCUGCGGGAUGUGGAUAUGUCCGAGCUCAGCCCUCCUAAACCCGAGGCUUCUGAGAAAGAGAGCGGGAGAAUAGUCGCCACAGGGGCGCUCAGAAGGGUUUUCAACUCGAGGCAGAAGGCUCGUACAAAAGCUCAACACGCAGUGUCAUUACGCGACGACCCGGGGUACGGCAGCGAGGAAGAAAGUGAUGGCGAUGCAGAUCAUGUCGGCCCUGUGACACAAACCACGUCAAACCAUUACACACUCAACAUGCCGUCUGCGCCAACUCCACAGUCAGAUACGCCACAGGUCCUGCUAGGAUAUUUACAAUUCUUUUUCAACCUGUCCCUGGUCGUGGUAUUUCUCUAUCUCCUGGUGCAGUUCAUUCUCACAGUACAACGUGAUGUUGGACACCGCAUCUCAGAAUACUCGAUGGAUAUCGUGCAAGAGAUUGGCAUGUGUGCGACACAAUACAGGAAUAACCUUUGUGAAAGUAAUCCUGUGCCUGCCAUGAUCCAACAAUGUGCAUCUUGGAAAACAUGCAUGGAUCGCGACCCAACUACGGUUGGCCGUGCUCGAGUAGGUGCGGAACUCAUUGCGGAAGUUGUCAAUGGCUUUGUGGAGCCCAUCAGCUGGAAAACAUUGGUUAGUACAUACUUGUCCCUGGUGAUGCUGUGCUGAUUACAUAAUUAUGCAUAGG